ACUUCAAACUCAAAUACUCAAUUUACAAAGCCCUACACUCUGCCCUGAAACCUCGGCACCGUUUGUCAGUUGUCCUGCAAGUCCGCAACUACAGAGAGAGAUGGGUAGCGCAAGCAAAGAUCUCUUACGCUUUGAGCACAAGACUUCCUCUACUUCACCCUUGGAAUCUGCACUUCUUGUUACAAACAAGAAGGACUCGUCCGCUGAAUCCCGUGAUCCUGCCAAGAAACCCAGCAUCACUCCUGUUCCUAAAAGCCAACUUUUGGGAAAAGUGCAAGAUUUCUUGGGAGUCAUGGCAGAAGCUAAUAAAAGGCUGGAGCUUGAUGCAAAGAAUAAUUCUCAAGCAUAUGAUAUUGAAGUACUCGAUGGGAAUGAAUCUGAAGUAAUUGAAAUGAAUUUGAUGUUGGGUGUAGCUGAUCUUCACACUCCUGAAGCUGUGACUGCUGCUGAAUCUGCAAUUGCUGGUAAUCAGCCAGCAAUUACUUUGGCUGGUAGUAGUAGUGAAACAGAAUCAGAUGAUAGCAGUGAUGAUAGCAAUGAUGAUAAUGAGGAAAGCAACAAUGAUGGUAAUGAUGAUAAUGAAACAUCAAGGAAACUUGAAAAAUCCAACAUAGGCGAAGACCAUACUGUAAGUGAAGCAGCAAGAAAGCAUCGAUCCAAAAAGCGGUCAAGGAUAGUUGAGCUCUCUUGAAAUCCAUUUUUGGUCAAGAAGUAAUGUCGAAACUGUUGAACUAUUAUAGCUUGCAGAAUCACAAAUGACUUGUGCAAUAUGUCGUGGGAAAGUGAAGUUUUCUUACAUGUGUUGUCCUUUUAUUUUAGUGUUCUAUUACCUUAGAUGAAACGUUGAGGUGUAAGUUAUAAUUCAGAACGUUGAUCAUUCUUUUUUCUUAUGCAAAAUCUGGAUCAAUUCAUUCCUGUAGUACAAA